AAGCGAGCAUAGAGGGAACAUAGUAAAUAGACUCGUGUGGUUGAACCUUUAACAUCUAUGUCAAGCAUUUAUUGGCAAAGGUGUUUUUUGACAUUUGUGCUUUGGUGAUUUUAUUCUUUGUAAAAAAGUGAGAAAAUAAGUGAAAAACAUCCGUGGAAUACAAUCAAAAGGACUGAAAAAGAAGAAACAAGAUGGAGGACAACGACAUAUUCGUGAAUUUGAAAUAUGGCGAUCAAAUUGAACUAACGGACGUCAUAUCUACAAACGAGGGCUUCCCAUCGUACGAAGAUUUUAUUGAAAGCGCUCAAAGAACCUUCGACAUAACUCACCCCAUUUACUUUGCAAAUCAAGUAAAUGCUCGCCUCCGGGAAAAGAUCUUUGAGAAGUACGUUAAGAAGUUCCUCAACAACUCAGAUUUUAUUCUCUACGUCAAGGAUGAAGAUCCUCUGAACAAGAAAGAUGACUCCCGUGCUGGUCCAUCAACAUCCAUCAGUUCAAACAUAAACCGUUCGAGGAAUUCUUUACAAUCCGUCAAUCAGAACUCUCCUAAGAGCGUUGAAUCCGACAGUUUGGCCUAUGAAGAAGUAACCAUGCAGGAAGUUUUACACAUUGAUGUUGUUCCGAAGCAGGAACCAAUGCAGGAUGUCCUGCCUGAGAUUGUCCUUAUUGAGAACAACAUACCGGAGAAACCUGACUCGAGUUCAAUGCAAAACUUUGCUUCAACUUCUGAUUUUGACUCAAUGCCGUUGAAGAAUAGGAAGCGUCCAGUACCUCUAGAUCGGGACUCUAUUCGCAAUCCCAAUAACUUUAACAUGGAAAAGAUGACGGCAAAUGACUUGCGAAAUUAUAUAUACGAGAGCGGUGGACAGAAUAUUUUCCAUGAGUACGAAAGAGAUGGAACGCUGUGUGAAGCAUCCCGAAAGCAAUUUAUAAGGAUUGUUGCUCAGCACCUUACAGCAAAUUUCGGAUUCUACUCCGGAAAGGAAACCAAGAUUGCUUACGCCAAACUCUGCGUUCAACUGCUGCCAAAGUACAAAACAUCUUCAGGUGUUAAUUACGACUUCUUCUAUGAUCCAACAACCACAAGAGGCGCUCUGGGGGAUAAACUUCACUACUUGCAGAGCAAAUGCCGCCGUCAGGGGAACGGUGUGUAUCUGACGAAGAAGCGAAGGGAAGCCCAACAAGCUGAAAUGUCAGCAAGCGCCGCCUCAAAGCAAAAAAUCGACGAAGAGACAGCCCUGGCGAAUAUUGAAUUUAUUAAGAAUGCCACAAUUCAGGACAAAGAUCAGAUUAUCCAGGCCUUCAAAGCAAACCGUGAGCACAGACUUGUCAACUCAAAUACCAUAGUCGAUGACUAUAUCAACGCCUUUCGGCUAGUACCAUCAUUGCUGAUUUCUGAUUUUGAGUACACCUACGGGGAGAGGAACGUCCUGCCAUACUGGAAUCACAUGCAGGAGUCAAUUGACUCCAUCUACAUGAAGAAUACCAGGAAGAAGAAUGUGGAUGAUGUUAUCUUGGAAUGGGCUGUUCCUGUGCAGACAAUUCUGAAAAUCCUAUCGUUCCUGCCGCCUGGCAAUAAGGGGACGCUGAAGAAUACCCUGGAGAGUCUGAUCAUGUUCUUCCGUUCGGGCACAUCAAUCGAUACAAUCCAGACGUCGCUCAAUGCUCUCGAAAGGAAUGUUCAGAUUUACGCAGUGGGCAUGAGUAAGAAGAAAAUUUCGUCUUUUCACCUGAAGAUUGAUGAUCUUUUCCUGCGUGUAUCGAACAAUGCCUACGAAGCAUUGGAUACAUUCGUGAAGAUUCAUUUCUCACUCAAUAUUGAGUAUUCUAAGCUUCAUUGUAACUUCCUCAAGUUCCUCCAGCACUAUGUGUACAAAAUUCCCAUCCAGGAAACCUCUCAUUCCAUGAAGAGUCUAGCUCUGGAGUUGCAGAUUGAAUAAACUUUUAAAGCGUAACAAAGAUGGCGUCAAAAUGGCGGACAAGAAAGCGUCAAAAUGGCGGCAUUAAACAAGGCGUUUCUGCGUUCUAGAAUAAAUAAAGGAUUCCACAAAGAUUUUCAGUGUAACUACGAAUUUAUGUUAUUUCAAAUAAAAUUUUCAUUUUGAUGAUC